AUGAGCCAAACUCCCGUUCUGGAUCAAUUUCUCGGCAAUUUGCAGGAAAUUGUGCAAAAUCGCGAUGGCUCCAAACUCCAGGACUUUCUCCAACUCGAACCCCCAUUAUCGGACAUAUAUCAGCGCAUGAUAGCUGAACUUCGUCAGCACUAUGCCACCAGCGCAAAGGCCGAUGACGACAUUCUACAACGAUGCGAACGCCUUGUACCUCGGACCAAGAACGGGUCCUCAUGGGCCGCUUUCCCGGCCUUCAUGAGGAUGUAUCUGACCUUCCUCCGCGAGAUGAAUACCGACAACCUCCUCGAGACAUACAAUCAGCUGAAAGCGCUGCUCAACUCCACACUGCGACCUUCAACUACAAAGGCUGACUCGAGAAACCAUUGCAGCCAAUGUGUGCUUGCCCUUGGCGACAGUCAAUUCGGAGUCGUCGUUCUACCCACCGUUUUAUAUCUAGCCAAAGUUUUGGCUAAAUUGGCUUUAGGCCUGGAUCGCCGGCCGGACUUGAUCGCCCAUAUUCGACGGAUGGAAGGUCGGACUGAUCAAAACGAGAGUGUGGAGAAGGUCACUUUGGUGGAAAAGUCUGCCAACGUUGUGCGCGAAGCCUUCAUCAAGUGUCUCACCGAUCGUACCGGCACUCCUGGCCCUAAUGGAAAGCCGGAGGGUAAGCGUGUUGGUAUCUACCUCAUGGCCAACCUUUGCCUCAAGUUGCUCUUCCAGUGCGGGAAACUACGAAACGCAGAACAGAUGUUCGCCAGCAUCAGCGCUCAAUCGCCCCCUCUAGCCCACUUCCCUGCCUCGCAGCGUGUCACCUACCUCUACUAUCUCGGACGAUAUCUCUUCGCCAAUAACCUCUUUUACCCCGCCCAAAUCGCUCUCCAGUCUUCCUACAAUCAAUGCCACCGCCAGGCCACUGGUCAACGCCACUUGAUCCUUUCAUAUCUCAUCCCGUGCAACAUCAUUCUCGGCCGGUUUCCAUCACAGGCACUCUUUCAAAGACCCGAGGCCCAGGGCCUCGCACAACACUUCCAACCAAUAUGUCAACUGAUCGUUCGCGGAGAUUACCUCGCUUUCCGACAACAUCUUUCCGUGGGCUCCCCAACCGCCCAAUGGUUCGCGCGCAAAGGAAUUCUCCUUGCACUCCGUAAUCGAUGUGAAGUCCUUGUAUGGCGAUCCUUUUCACGCAAAGUCUUCAUGUACGGAGGUUCCUAUCGAGGUCCGCAGGCGCAGGCGCAGCGUGGACCACCCCCUAUUCUCUACCUCAAAAAGAUUGCCGCGGCUACGCGAUGGCUUCAGUUACGACAUCUCCCACCAAGUAACGAGGUCGCUCAAUCUGCACCAUAUUCCAACAUCCAUGGUUCACAAAUCGUUGACGAGGCCCUGGAUUCCGACUACUCGUGUCUAGAAGCGGCUAAUGGAAGUCUGGACCCCUCAAUUGAGCAGCGCGUCUUGAUGGACUAUGGUGAUUACUUUGCCCCAGGCGGCCUGUAUACUCAGCAAGGACAUUUGGCCCCCAAUGCCCAGGGUGCUCUGGUGGACAGUAAUCCGCAGGAAAACUACGACGAUUGUGAACUCGAUCCCUAUGAAUUCAUCCCCGAAGACAGCAUGGAACCCGACAAGUCCCCUUUGAUGCGAGAGAUUGAAUCAAUUCUGGCAUCCUUGCUCACCCAGGGGCUCAUGGGCGGUUAUCUGCUCCACCGCGAACCUCGAUUUGCCGUCCCGGGGGCCAAACUGAAGGGCAUCAUGCCCACAGGAUUUCCGAAUGUUUGGCAGACCAUUUCUGCGCAUGAAAGCAUCGACAAAUCAGUCCCUGGAUGGGUUCAGCCUCGAGCAUCCACUGGACUGGGAGGAGCUGGACGCGUCGUCAACCUUGCAGGAGCACGCCCCGUCGGACUCCAAUGA